AUGCGGCACGUCCAGGUACUCGAGAUCCUCGACCAAACAGUUGAGACUAUGGCUAAGAAGGAGUUCUCCGUGAACUACUUCAAGCUAGACUGGGAGGUCCAGGCUUUCGUCGAGAAGCUGAAGAUGUCAAUGCUGGAUGUCGGUCUCCUGAGCUCCCCGGAGGACGGGGUCGAGAAAUGCAUCGAGAAGCCCGACACUGCCGGGCUUCUUGGUCAGGCUAUCGAAAAGGCCAUCCUCGGCACUGCUGAUCAGUCAUUCGUUUCGAGGAUGACUAACCCCCCGGAGGAGAAGUCGGACGCUAGCUGGUCGGAUACGGAAGAGAUGGAGAGUACCGAUACUCCGAAUGAGGUAGACAAUAUGUAA